UUAAGACAAAAAUGGCAAUUGUAAAGAACUUGGGCAGAACCCUUAGUCAGUUGCUACAGAGCCCCGGUUGUGGAUGUCAGACUUCCAUUGUGCCAGUUAGAUGUAUUGGUGUCUCACCACGUCAGGUGACCUCAGAUGCCAGCUUCCAUUCAGUAUCUUUUUCAGAGACUGAUCAUCCUCGAGUAUUAAUUACAGGGGGCCUGGGCCAACUUGGGGUGGGACUCGCUAAACUCUUGAGGAAGCGUUUCGGAAAAAACAACGUGAUCCUGUCUGACAUUAGAAAACCACCAGAUGAUGUCUUUUAUAAUGGUCCUUUUAUCUACUCUGAUAUCUUGGACUACAAGAAUCUCCGUGAGAUAGUGGUGAACAAUCGAAUUACUUGGCUGUUUCAUUAUAGUGCUUUGCUCAGUGCUGUUGGAGAAGCAAAUGUUUCUUUGGCCAGAGCUGUAAACAUUACUGGUUUACACAACAUUCUAGAUAUUGCAGCUGAGCACAGUUUGAGACUCUUUGUCCCUAGCACAAUUGGAGCCUUUGGACCCACCUCUCCCCGAAACCCAACUCCAGACCUCUGCAUUCAGAGACCCAGGACAAUCUAUGGAGUCUCCAAGGUUCAUGCUGAGCUCAUGGGAGAAUACUACCACUACAGGUAUGGGCUAGACUUCCGAUGUCUGAGAUAUCCUGGAAUUAUCUCUGCUGACUCUCAGCCUGGUGGGGGAACAACUGACUAUGCAGUCCAGAUUUUCCACGAUGCCAUAAAGAAUGGCAAAUUCCAGUGCAACUUAAAAUCAGACACACGCCUCCCAAUGAUGUAUAUUGAUGACUGCCUGAAGGCUACACUAGAUGUCAUGGAAGCACCUGCCGCUUCACUUAGUAUGAGGACUUACAACAUCAAUGCCAUGAGCUUCUCUCCUGAGGAGCUGGUGGAAGAGGUCAAGAAGCAUAUUCCUGAGCUCCAGGUGACCUACAAUGUGGAUGCUGUCAGGCAAGCCAUUGCUGACAGUUGGCCAAUGAACUUUGAUGACAGCAAUGCCCGGCGGGACUGGGGAUGGAAACAUGACUUCGAUCUUUCUGAACUGGUGACUACAAUGUUUAACAUCCUUGGCUCUGACGCCCAGGUAGCCCAGAUUAACUGAAACUCCUUUUAAAACAUGGUUUCCAAACCCCAGCAGAGGACCAGGGAGAAACUGCAGAAUUAGUUCAUUAUGCUCUAAGUCUUAUAGCAGGUAAAUUAUAAACUUCCCAUAUAUUGCAAUAGAGUUGGAGUUGAAGUACUAUAGUUUGAAUUCAGUGUGGUUAUUUGAGACGUGCCAAAUUAUUUAGUAAAACUACAGCACCAUUAAAUGAGAAACAUGUAGGAUUCUUGAAUUUUAGCUUUUAAGAAGCUAGAAAAAAAAAUCUCUCACUACAGGGCUGGUAAUCUAUGCAGUCAUUCCAAUGCCUGAGGUAUCUUUCUGAAAACAACACAUAGCAACAUUACAAAGUCUUGUGCUUAGACACAUACUGAAGAAUUGACAAAUUAUACAUUAAUUUUCAUUUCUUGAGUGGAGGUAGCUAAUUGUGGAUUGUAGGAAGGUGGGACUGUCUCUUCUUUCUCCCACCAACAGUUAAGAGAUCAAGAGCCAUUUUAUUUUUAAACUUGGCAAUGGUC